AUAACGACGGGUUGUGCCAUCUGCUAACCCGGGCGUGCCCUGCUAUGAAGCCCCAGACCUUGGGAUUAGCUAAGGAUGCCUGGGAGAUAGUGCGGGAAUCCAUCAGCCUCGACAAGAAACUCGGCAUGGGAUGUUUCGGAGACGUGUGGAUGGGCACGUGGAACGGCACCACGAAGGUGGCGGUGAAGACGCUGAAGCCGGGCACUAUGUCACCCGAGGCCUUCCUGGAGGAGGCUCAGAUCAUGAAGCGGCUGCGGCACGACAAGCUGGUGCAGCUCUACGCCGUGGUGUCCGAGGAGCCCAUCUACAUCGUCACCGAGUUCAUGAGCCAGGGCAGCUUGUUGGAUUUCCAAGGGGCCGGCCGCUACUUGAAGCUCCCCCAGCUGGUGGACAUGGCUGCCCAGAUCGCGGCGGGCAUGGCCUACAUCGAGCGGAUGAACUACAUCCACCGGGACCUCCGGGCUGCCAACAUCCUGGUGGGCGACAACCUGGUGUGCAAGAUCGCUGACUUCGGCCUCGCUCGCCUCAUCGAGGACAACGAGUACACGGCGCGCCAGGGUGCCAAGUUCCCCAUCAAGUGGACGGCCCCGGAGGCCGCGCUUUUUGGGAAGUUCACCAUCAAGUCGGACGUCUGGUCCUUCGGCGUCCUCCUGACCGAGCUGGUGACCAAAGGCCGGGUGCCCUACCCAGGGAUGAACAACCGGGAGGUGCUGGAGCGGGUGGAGCGAGGCUACCGCAUGCAGUGCCCGGGCAACUGUCCCCCGUCCCUGCACGAGGUGAUGGUGCAGUGCUGGAAGCGGGAGCCCGAGGAGCGUCCCACCUUCGAGUACCUCCAGUCCUUCCUCGAGGACUACUUCACCGCCACCGAGCCCCAGUACCAGCCGGGGGACAACCAGUGACCCAGAUGGCACCCCCUCAGCCAGGCUCCGGGGUGGCUUUUGGGCAAAUCUCCCCCUUUUUGCGGGGGGGGGGUGUGUUUCUCCUUUUGCCUGUGCCUAUGUCACCCCCUAAAUACCUGUUGGGGGGUGCUCGGGAUGCUCCAGGGAGGACAGGGGGCUUUGCACAAGGAUUUUGGACUCAGAGAGGG